AUGUUUUCUCUUUGUUAUAUAAUCUUGUUAAAUUGAAUCUUCUAUCUUAAUAGAACUCAUAAAACACAUCUGGCAGAUUUAUUUUAAAAUGAAAGUAAGACAAUAUCAACAUUUUUGUGUUUUUUCUGCAUAAAUCAUUUUGAAAAGCUUUUCAGGAAAUGUUAAAUUGAUAUUUACUUAAUUUUCUCACCUAUAAUAAAAAGGUGAAUAAUUUAUCCACUAAAAAGUUUCUGGUUCUUCCAGGAGAUCCAUGAUUCUAUAGCUGAAUCAUUAAAUAUGAAUACAAGCACUGCAGAAAAUAGUAGUCAGUUAGCCAGUACAGAACUUACGGACAAAAUGUUCUGUAAUCAAAACACCAAAAUAGUGAGCUCAGUAUUGCUCACUUCUAGUAUGAGCACUUUUAUAAAUUACCAGGAUGUGGACCUACCAAAAUGGGACAAUGUAGAGAGAAACUCGUCAGUACAAAGAAAGAAAAAUAAGGAUAGUGAAAAUAAUAAAAUCACCAGUCUUAAAAGGAAGAAGGAUAUAUCUACUUAUUGCUCAUACAAGAUGGAACAGUGGCUACCAGUGAAGGAAGAUGUUAAUUCACAUAAAACAAAGUAUGAUUGGGCUUCUGAGCAAGCAGAAUCACCUGAAAAAACAUUUUGUGACGUCAGAAAUUUGGGACUCAAGGAAAAAAGCCAGUUAAUCACAACUAUAAAAGAGGCAGUAACUCUGGUGGUUACUAUGGUAUUUCAAGAUGGUUCUUCACAGCUGAGCUCGGAGCAGGGCCUAGUCUCAUCAGUAAGAGGAAUUGUUGUGUUAAUAAAGAGACAGACAGACCAACUUUGUCCUUCCAAAGGCUCUUCAGUUGUUAAUCCAAUUGUUUGGGAUGCCUGUACCAGAAAUGAUAAGUUUAUUUAUUUGAAAAUAGAACACUCUUCUGUUUGGGAGCAACAGGAACAGACUCAUAAGAAGUACAUCAGGGAAAUACUAUUUCAAAUACUACACUGUACCGUUAUUUGCUUCAAUGCAAAGGAUUUUUUGAGAACACUGCUUCAUGUUUUUGGUGAUGAUAUUAACUGGAAACAAGUGGCUGAUUGUGUUGUGUUAGAUCCAAGGAUUGCUGCAUGGCUGAUAAACCCCAGUGACACUGUUCCCUCUUUUGAAUAUUUGAUAUAUAAGCAUUUUGGAGAGCCUGUCUCAGAGAGAACAGUGAAUAUGAAUGCAGAUUCCUUGAGAAAUACAUUGCAUCAGAACUUGCUUCUAAACUUGAAGAUACUUUACAGUAUAAUGAUGGGCCUGGCUGGUGAAUUACAGGUUCAAGGCUUAUGGAAACUCUUUUGCGCUUUGGAGCUUCCCUUGAUAAAAAUUUUGGCAGUGAUGGAAACCCAUAAAAUACACGUGAAUAAAGAAGAACUAAAAAGAACAUCAGAGAUUCUAGGGUUGCGAUUGAAAGAGCUUGAGCAGGAAGCCCAUCGAGCUGCUGGACAGCAAUUCCUAUUGACUAGCAGUAGUCAGCUGAGAGAGGUAUUGUUUGAAAAACUAAAGCUCCAUAUGCUAUGUGAGAAAGUUCCCAGAACUGAGAUGCAGCAUCUUCAAUCCACUUCUGAAGUUGUGAUCUCAGUGCAGAAAGAAGGUGAUUUUGGGCUCAAGGAGACAGAGGUUCUUUGA